CUGCUGCUCAGCCCUGUUUGUCGGUGUCUCGGUGGUUUUUAACAGCCAGCUCCGCUGAAAGCCGGCUCAUCUCAGGGAGGUUUCGCCCGCCGUCACCAGGAGGAGUCAGGGUCGCUUUUCUGGGCUUUUCAGGAACAGAAACUCAGCGGCUAUGUCUGCGGCUCAGCCCCGGAGCGGAGGCUUCUUUAAAAGCGGCUAUAGCCAUUAGCUCGCUGCUUCGGGUCCGCUGACUGGUAGCUACAACAGGCUUUUUGUUCUGCUCCCGGACAGCCUCUGCAUGACAAACCGCCCCUACUGUUCCGAGCGGACAGGGCGGUAGCACAGCGGCUGCUUUAUCGGGAUCCCCCCCCCCUUCAUCCCUCCUAGGUUGUGAACCCCUGCCGUGGGGCUAACACCCCCCCUCCCCCGGCCAUCCAGCGAAUCCAUGGCAGGAAAUCCGAGGAGGGGCGCCGGGCUCAUCGGCUUGAUGAAGGACGCCUUUCAGCCCCACCAGCAGCCUCUGCAGCCCCAUCAGCCCGCUGUGGUCGAUAAGAAAAUGGUGGAGAAAUGCUGGAAGCUCAUGGAUAAGGUGGUGCGUCUGUGCCAGAACCCCAAGGUGGCGCUGAAGAACAGCCCGCCCUACAUCCUGGACCUGCUGCCAGACACCUACCAGCACCUACGCACCAUCCUAUCCAGGUACGAGGGCAAGAUAGAGAUCCUCGGGGAGAACGAGUAUUUCCGCGUGGUCAUCGAUAAUCUCACCAACAAGACCAAGCAGACCAUGAGCCUCUUCAAGGAGGCCAAGGAAAGGAUGUAUGAGGAGAACUCUCAGGCCAGGAGGAACCUCACCAAGUUGUCCCUGAUCUUCAGUCACAUGCUGGCCGAGCUAAAAGCCAUCUUCCCUAAUGGCCUGUUUCAGGGAGACAACUUCCGGAUUACCAAAGCCGAUGCUGCCGAAUUUUGGAGAAGGUCAUUUGGAGACAAAACCAUCGUACCCUGGAGGAUGUUCCGUCAGGCUCUCCAUGAGUUUCACCCCAUAAGUUCAGGUUUGGAAGCCAUGGCGCUAAAAUCCACCAUCGACCUCACCUGCAAUGACUACAUCUCCGUUUUUGAGUUCGACAUCUUCACCAGACUCUUUCAGCCGUGGUCGUCUCUUCUGAGGAACUGGAACAGCCUUGCAGUCACACAUCCUGGUUACAUGGCCUUCCUGACCUACGAUGAAGUCAAGGCUCGACUGCAGAGGUUCAUCCACAAACCCGGCAGCUACAUCUUCAGACUGAGCUGUACCCGUCUGGGACAGUGGGCCAUCGGCUAUGUGACGGCCGACGGGAACAUCCUGCAGACCAUUCCCCAUAAUAAGCCGCUCUUUCAAGCCCUCAUCGAUGGCUACAGAGAGGGAUUCUACCUUUUUCCAGAUGGCCGUGCACAAAACCCAGACCUGACAGGGCUGUGUGAGCCUUCUCCUCAGGAUCACAUCAAAGUUACUCAGGAGCAGUACGAGCUGUACUGUGAGAUGGGAUCCACGUUCCAGCUUUGCAAGAUCUGCGCAGAAAACGACAAGGAUGUAAAGAUCGAGCCCUGCAGACACCUGAUGUGCACCUCCUGUCUGACCGCCUGGCAGGAGUCGGAGGGUCAAGGUUGCCCGUUUUGCCGCUGUGAGAUCAAAGGCACGGAGCCCAUCGUGGUGGACCCCUUCCACCCUAAGGCCAGCGGGGCUUCUUUCGCUGGUUUCCAGGGCUCCAGCAGAGCAGAGGCGGCAGGAAACGACGAGGAAGAGGACGAUCGGCUGGAGGAUCAGCAGCUCGUUAUGAGCGGGCUGGCCUUCAGUAAGGUGGAGCGUCCAGCGUCUCCUGUUUCUCAGCUGCCUCCGGUGCCUCCACGCCUGGACCUGCUGCAGCAGAGGGCCUCUGGAUCCCACACCGCUCUGAGUCAGGGGGCAACAGCCAAGGUUGCAGUCAAUCACAGAGACAAGCCUUUACCUCCCCCUCCUGCUGUGAGAGAGCUGCCCCCUCCCCCCCCUCCUGAGCGACCCUGCAUCCCCGUCCAAGACUCCAGACUCCAGAGGAGGCCCCUGCCCUCCACCCCCGACCAGCCUGCCUGGGCAGCCAACUACAUGGUUCCUCGCCCUUCCACCAAGGCCUCCAUCCCUCAGAGCAGCGGCACCAAUGGGGAGGGAAUCCGGCCCCAGGUAGCCAACAACGUCACCUACUCCGUGCCUGUCAGGUCUCAAUCAGUGAUUUCAGCUGGAGAAAAGCUAUCAUCAGACGGUGAGGAGAACGAGUACAUGAGUCCCACCUCCCUCCCAGUCUCUGGUGCCCCCUGGGUCAUUACAGGCUCCUUGGUGCCCCCACCUCCAACCCAGACCAACAGCCACACUGAUGCAAGUGAGGGGGGCGAUGACGACUCUGAUGACCCUCAAGUGUACGAAUCCAUGUUCAACAUCCAGAGUCAGGCCGGCUCCGCUGAUACAGCACAGACCUCUGAACUGGAGCUCCCUCAGCCUCCAGUUGUGGUUUCCCAGGAUAAAAAGGAAGAGCCCAGCGUGGAGGAAAUCUACGAGUUUGACCGCCCUCGGCCCGUUGUCCCCCCCGCCCCGACCAGAAGAAACUUGUCUGAAAUCAGCUGUCCCUCUGGAGCCUUCAACUCGCUUAGCAUGGACGCCUCAGUAGAAGCCGGUACGUUCGCUGAAUCUGAUCGGCCUCCCAGGCCUCUCCCACGGCGAGCCAAUUCUGACCGCCGCCCUCGACCUUUCAAUCGUGACCUUUCAGCCCCGCUGCCUGAACUUCCCGGCCCCUCGUCUGCUUCGCCGCCUCCUCCUCCUCUCCCUCCCCCUCCCCCUCCGGGCGCUGCAGCCGCCGUCGCUGGAAACCAAGCCCUGAACGGUGAGAUCGAAUGCCUGAUAUCCCAAGGCUAUUCCAUCCAGGACAUCCAGAAAGCCCUGAUGAUCGCCCAGAACAACCUGGAGACGGCCAAGAACAUCCUGCGCGAGUUCGUCUCCGUCCCCUCCACGGCUCACAUCGCCACAUAGUCGCUCAGGUCCCGUUCAUCCUCUGUCUCUGCUUCGUGCCAAUAUUGUGGAUAGCAUUUACCGAGCAUCUUCCUGCUGGGCCUAAAGUACUUCCCUCCGCGGGAAAACUCCAGAUCUGAGGAAGAGCAUCCAAAGUCAAUUGUAAUUAACUGUGUCAGGUAUUAUUUGCGUUUCUUAAAAGAAGUCUGGUGUGAAAACUGUUCCAUUUGGGUGUUUGACUGAUGCUAAAGCCUCAACUUUUAUGUCAUGCUGCCGCCAGCUGGAAAUGGAAGGAACUGGAUUCCCCAUCAGCUGAUUGGCUCGUCCCGUUUAGCGUGUAUGAUGUAACAGGAGCUCAGUGUGGCCAAACUCUAACCACGCUCUCUUCAGUGUUUCUCACCCUUCAGUUCGCUGCUUCACUGACUUCUCUGCAAACCUUGGUGUCCAAAUAAAGAAUAUAAGUGAAUAUAAGGCUACGUUCACACUGCAGGCAUUAAUGCUCAGUUCUUUUGCGUGGUCGUUCACGUUUCCCAGUAUAUGCGACUUGUAUGUUAUCUCCUGUGUGAACCGCACAAAUAAAGUGUCCCGCUUACGCAGUAGAGGACGCAGUGAUGUCACAAGUGAGUGCUUGUUCAUAGAAGUAAACAUGGACGAUAGCCCUGCCCUGUUUCUUUCCCAACCUCAGCCAGUCCGUUAACAACACAAUCUUUUCAGGAAGGUUGAAAAUAAAGACUGCUCUCGGCGUUAUUGUUGAAUAUUGAUGGCGUACAGGUCAGAUGUCUGCGACCUGGCCGUUCAUACGCAGAACCACUUCGCCAACUGGCCGGGGUCACAUUGGGAAAAAGCAGAUAUUGUUAUGACUCCCAUAAAAAGAUCAGAUACAUUUAGCAUUAUCUGUAAAGCUAAUAAUAUACUAUAUUUUAAAUCAAUGUAAAUGGAUUAGGACCAAUAAGGUUAAUGGACUGGUUUUCUCAGGAGAUGGACGCAACUCAUGAAGGACGAGACAGAGACUGGGAGUUUGCAGUUGCGAGUGCCUUUUUUUUUUUUUUUUACAGUGACA